AAUAAAGCCAAAGUCUUUUUCAUUGUAUGCUAAUUGUUUGACCAUCACAUGUCAGCCUAGAUGUGUAAAUGCAGAUUAAAGCUUCACCAUAACAUCUGAGGCCUAAUUUAAUUAUUUCUGUGAGAAGCCGCAAUCUUCCAACUUCCCCACGGGCCCUGAACGCAUCAUCUUUGGGGGUGUGGAUCCAAUUAUUCCCCGCUGGCUUGGAGGCAGCAGUGAGCCAGCCAGGCUGAGGACAGGGGCAAAGCAGCGCCAGCUCGAUUCACUUCAUCCUGCACGAUCAUCAUCAUCAUCAUCAUCAUCACCAUCAUCAUCAUCACCAUCACCAUCACUGUGCGGGCUUUUCGUGGCGGUGAGAGGCGACGUCGGGCAAACUCGGGAUCAGCCCAUGCAGGAGGAUGGAGAUAGAGAAGAGGACGAAUGGGUUCGACUACCCGGAGAGAAACAACGCCAAGUCCGUCAACGGCUUUUAUGGGGACCAUCCGCUAGAGUCUGAACAGAACGACAGCAUGGAUGCAAUCAAUGAAAGUAACCUAGAUGAUCCAGCUGACCAGCGUACUUGCCUUAUCUGUGGAGAUCGCGCCACAGGCCUGCACUAUGGCAUCAUCUCCUGUGAGGGCUGCAAGGGCUUCUUCAAGCGCAGCAUCUGCAACAAGCGCGUGUACCGCUGCAGCCGGGACAAGAACUGCGAGAUGUCGCGCAAGCAGCGUAACCGCUGCCAGUACUGCCGCCUGCUCAAGUGUCUGCAAAUGGGGAUGAACCGUAAAGCAAUCAGGGAGGAUGGCAUGCCAGGAGGGAGAAACAAAAGCAUCGGCCCUGUUCAGAUCACAGAGGAGGAGAUUGAGCGCAUCAUGUCGGGGCAGGAGUUCAAGGAGGACGCCCCCGAGCACACCUGGGGCAACAACGGUGACAGCGACCACAGCUCUCCCAGCAACGGAGCCUCGGAGGGCAACCAGCCAUCACCCGCCUCCACUCUGUCAUCCAAUCGCUCUGUGGAAAUGAACGGCUACACGGCGGCCCUCAGGGACCAGUACAUCAACACCUCCAUGUCCACACACUACCAGCUCCUGCCUCACCUGUUCAGCUAUGCCGCUCAGUCUGGUCUACUGGCCCCCCAGCCCCGCAGCCUCUACCCACAGUCCCACCCACUGGUGCUGCAGCUGGUGGCCGCUGAAGACCUGGCCCCCCUGGCCACCCCGAUGCUAAUAGAAGACGGGUACAAAGUGACACAGGUGGAGCUGUUCGCCCUGCUGUGCCGCCUGGCAGAUGAGCUGCUUUUCCGCCAGAUCUCCUGGAUCAAGAAGCUGCCGUUCUUCUGCGAGCUUUCCAUAGAGGACUACACCUGCCUGCUCAGCUCCACCUGGCAAGAGCUCAUCCUGCUGUCCUGCCUCACCAUCUACAGCGCCCAGAUCUUUGGAGACCUGGCCGACGUCACCGCCAAGUACACGCCCUCUGAUGACGAGCUGCAGGGCUUCAGUGAGGACGGCAUGGAGGUGAUGGAGAGGUUGAUAUAUCUGUUCCGCAAGUUCCACCAGUUGAAGAUCAGCAACGAGGAGUAUGCUUGUAUGAAAGCCAUCAACUUCCUCAACCAAGAUAUCAGAGGUCUGUCCAACAUCUCCCAGCUCGAGCAGCUGAACAAGCGCUACUGGUAUGUGUGUCAGGACUACACUGAGUAUAAGUAUCCACACCAGCCCAAACGCUUCCCUGAGAUCAUGAUGUGUCUGCCGGAGAUCCGCUGCAUCGCAGGGAAGCUGGUGAACGUCCCUCUGGAGCAGCUCCCCCUCUUGUUCAAAGCAGCCUUGCACUCCUGCAAAUCCAGCCUGACCAGCUACAGGACCGGCCCGUCACCCUGUGUGACCGCCUCCUCUGGAAACUAGACCCCCCCCUGACCCCCCAAGUCGAGGGACUGGUCUCCCCUCUUGUGAAUGUGACAAGCAGCUAGUUUGUUUUUUGUAACUUUUUUCUUUAUAUAUUUAUUACACGACAGAGCUGAAUGUAUGCUGAUUUACACUGUGCACAUGCUUCUGUACAAAACAAAUGCUCGUAGAUGCAUUGGUCUUUGGAGUUUACAAGUGUGUAUCCAGUUUGCUCAAUGUGUCAGUGUUGCCAUUGUUAGAGCUAGACUUUAAAAGAGUUUAUUUUAUUCAGACGGGGGCGGAUAGACACAUGUGACGAGUGUUUUGAGACUACCUCAGGAAGAUGUUGUUGCUAUUUUCAGGUACCUUUUCUUGCUGUUAAAUGAAGAGUUGUCCAGUCUAAAACCAAAUCCCUGUGGAUGCUUUGGCACCUCAAUCAGAGUCUGAAUGUUCAAAGGAGCUGCGUAAAUCAAAGAUUGAAAAACAGUGUUUUGUCACACUGAAAGUGCAAAUUGAAUUAGCAAAAUUUAGCUACUUUAUCUGCAUGGACUCUCAGACAUCCUGCUUAUGGGAGGCGGUCUUGUCAAUUUAACAUUCCAUGAGUUAAGGUGACAGUUAUUUGGAUCUGUGGGAUCUUCAUUGAAAAAGGAGCAUACGGGUAUUUUUUACAAUCAUAGACUGGGGAUGUAAGGCUUUAUUGCAGGGGAAGGGGAGGAUAGCUAGGUUUGCUUUUAGUUUUAUUGUUUUCUUUUUUUGACCAAAGUGUUUAUGCAAUGCUUUUCUCAAACACCCAUUGAUGGGUAGGGAGCUGAUAGCUCCGCAAAAAAAAAAAGAAAAGAUUUCUUAUCAAUGAAGGAUCAGGAUAAGAAAUGAAUCAAUCUGUGUCAGAGGGAGACCCUCUGCUGGACAGAUGAGUAUGUUGCCGGAUUUCAUUCUAAAUGCUGCUGAACAUGCACACGUUCUUGUGCACACACAGAGCAGACAUGAUUCCUAGUCUUUGUUUCUCCCUCUGGUUUCUGUCAGACGGGUUGUUUUUUUGGCCCCGCUGCCGUUAUUUCCAGGAACUUGGUACACCCAUCACUUAAAUAAGGUUCACAAUACUGGCUGUGUUAAAGUGGUAAUCUUUGACAUCCUGUGUUCUUCAAGUUAAUCAGAACAAACUAGAAACAAAACAAAUUGCUUGGUGCAGCUGGAAGUCUUCAGUGGUCAAAAAAAUACCUGACCUACUAGAACCGAAAUGGAGCCGGAACCGAGCGUGAACAGGACUCGAGUCCAUGAAAAGGAGCGUCUUCUAGCUCCUCUUUAGUUGAAGCUGGUGUGAAGUUAGCUGAGCCAUCUUCAAAGCAGUUGAUGAAAACUAAAAUCCAGCCGGUCCUUCAAUAGUUCAACCUCUAACAUGAUGCCACAUUCAUGUCAUUGAUGUGUGCAGUGCUCUGAUUGGCUGAGUAAAGACGCAGCGUUUGUUUCUUGUUCUCAGGUUUUGUUUGGUCCAAUCAAAAUUUUGCACAGACCCAAGACCAGUAGCAGUUUCAGUUGGACCUGACCCAGAUCCGAGGGGCUUUAGGAAGUGUGGAUCUAAAAUCCAGUUCAGGUCAGGUCUUAUCAGGGUUAGGGGUCAGAUUGGACCAACGAUCUCUAGAGAACCAACAAGGUUUCAUAAUAUUGCUGUGUCAUCUAACAAAAAGUUAGCAGAUUACCACUUUAACCUGGACAGAAGUGGAUUCGGUGUGAUUGAUCGGGGCCAUGUCUCCAUGAAUCCAGGCUAGGUUUAGAGAAUUUAGGUGACUCACCUCCGGCUUGCGUACCCUCUGUGACAGAUAUGCACAUUGUUUUAAAAAGCCAUAGAAAAUGGUCUUUAUUUUUGAAGUAUGAGAUGAUCAUUUCAAACCGCUUGAAGUGUCUUCUUUGAUUCCUUGAGUUUUUAGCCGUUUCAUGAUGUGCGAACAAUUAGAAAUGCAGACAAAAAUGCAGUCCUCGCAACGACUCUCUUUUUUGCACACGACGGUGAGGUUCAGAGACCUUGACCCUUGAGCUCGGCCACUGCCCACCCAGUGUGUUCCUCUCUCUCAGGUCCCUGCCGACCUGGAUCUAAACAGGGUAAAGUGAGUGUUAUGUAUUGCAUUCAGGAGUAACUCAGUGACCAUGCUGAUGUACUUGUAGUUUUAGUUGUAGGUUCCAGGACAUAGUAGGUCCUCUGUAGAAAAGUGUUUUCUUUUCCACUUUAUUUCCCUCAAGGUCACCCCCCACCCCCCCCC